GCCUAGCUCUGAUGCCUUGAGAGUGGGGCCUGGUUCAUGGGGGAAGGGAUGCCUGUAUCUAUGCGUCUGACGUCAGCGCGCUGGAGAGAGAGGAGGCGAUGAGAGGAAGCUGCAAUAAACACACAGGGCGUCUGCGCCUAUCUAAGUAGGACAAUAAAGUGAAAACGGUAUCAAUGCUCUAACAAUGGAUUUGUCAGAUAUGGUCCUUAAACUUUUCCUCUUCGUUUACUUACUUAACUACACCGAAGGACAUUAUAGAAAUCCUCUGAACAAGUACAUCCUGCACUAUGAAGGCUUGUCCUACGACACAGAGCUGGUGCACCACUAUCACCAGAGAGCCAAGAGGGCACUGUCCCACGAAGACAAGUUCCUCCAUUUAGACUUUCAUGCACAUGGAAGGCAUUUUAACUUGCGCAUGAAGAGAGAUACUUCUUUAUUUGCGCAAGAUUUGAAGAUAGAAGUUUCAGGAGAAGAGAUUCCUUAUGAUACCUCUCAUAUCUACACUGGAGAGAUUUUUGGUGAGAAAAACACCUUAACUCAUGGCUCUAUUGUGGAUGGCAAGUUUGAGGGCUUCAUUCAGAGCUACCAGGGCACCUACUACGUGGAGCCUGCCGACAGAUACCUCGAGGGCAAAAACGUGCCUUUCCAUUCCGUCAUGUACCAUGAGGACGACAUACACUAUCCACAUAAGUACGGCCCUGAGGGAGGAUGUGCGAACAGCUCUGUGUUUGAGCGAAUGAGGAAGUAUCAGGGCUCUGCUGUACAAGAGCCACUCAAGGAUGUCCACACUGACGAGGACUCUGACGGGCCGGUUCUGCUGAGGAGGAGGAGGAUGGCUCAGGCUGAGAAGAACACCUGUCAGCUCUUCAUCCAGACAGACCAUCUCUUCUACAAGUACUACAAAACCAGAGAGGCCGUUAUAGCACAGAUCUCCAGUCACGUCAAGGCCAUUGAUGCAAUUUAUCAGGGAACCGACUUCAUGGGCAUUCGAAACAUCAGUUUCAUGGUUAAAAGGAUCAGAAUUAAUACCACCAAUGAUGAGAGGGACCGAUCCAACCCUUUUCGUUUCGCAAACAUUGGAGUGGAGAAGUUCCUGGAGCUCAACUCUGAGCAGAAUCAUGAUGACUACUGUUUGGCCUAUGUUUUCACUGACAGAGACUUUGACGAUGGUGUGUUGGGACUGGCCUGGGUUGGAGCACCUUCAGGGAGCUCUGGUGGCAUUUGUGAGAAGAGCAAGCUGUAUUCAGAUGGCAAGAAGAAGUCUCUCAACACUGGAAUAAUUACUGUACAAAAUUAUGCCUCCCACGUGCCACCCAAAGUCUCCCAUAUCACUUUUGCACAUGAAGUGGGACAUAACUUUGGCUCCCCACAUGACUCUGGGGCUGAGUGCACACCAGGGGAAUCCAAGAGCCAAGACAAGAAAGAGAAGGGUAAUUACAUCAUGUACGCACGGGCCACGUCAGGAGACAAACUCAACAACAACAAGUUCUCCAUCUGCAGUGUGCGUAACAUCAGCCAGGUCCUGGAAAAGAAGAGGGGAAACUGCUUUGUUGAGUCUGGCCAGCCCAUCUGUGGGAAUGGGCUUGUGGAGCCUGGAGAGGAGUGUGACUGUGGCUAUAGUGAUCAGUGCAGAGACCAGUGCUGCUACGACGCCAACCAGCCGGACAACAAGAAGUGCAAGCUCAAGCCUGGCAAAGUCUGCAGUCCAAGCCAGGGUCCAUGCUGCACCCCUGAGUGCUCUUACAAGGGCCGUAAUGAGAAGUGUCGAGAGGAGUCGGAGUGUGCUCACCAGGGCAUGUGCAACGGUGUGAGUGCAGCGUGCCCCACGUCGGAGCCUAAAGCCAACUUCACCGCCUGCCACGGAGAGACCCAAGUCUGUCUCAAUGGGGGCUGCUCUGGCUCUAUCUGUGAGAAGUAUGGACUGGAGGCGUGCACCUGUGCCAGCCAAGAUGGGAAGGAUGAGACGGAGCUCUGCCAUGUGUGUUGCAUGGAGAAGAUGAACCCCAACACCUGCAGCAGCACAGGCUCUGAGAGACUGGCUCGGUUCUUCAAUAAGAAGGUGACCACUCUGCCGGCCGGGUCACCCUGUAAUGACUUCAAAGGCUACUGCGAUGUGUUCAUGAAGUGCCGCCUGGUCGACGCUGAUGGACCCCUGGCCCGACUUAAGAAGGCUAUCUUCAACCCGGAGCUUUAUGAGAACAUCGCAGAGUGGAUAGUAGCUCAUUGGUGGGCAGUGUUGCUGAUGGGCAUUGCUCUGAUCAUGUUGAUGGCUGGAUUCAUCAAGAUUUGCAGCGUCCACACACCGAGCAGCAAUCCUAAACUGCCUCCACCGAAACCACUUCCAGGCACUUUGAAGAGGCGGCGAGCUCAGCAGCACUCCAGCUCCCAGGUCCAGCACCACUCACGGGACCCCCAUGGCCAUGGCGCUCACGGCGGGCACGGAGGGGGGCAUGGAGGGGGGCACGGUGGGGGACAAAGGCAGCAGCAGCAGCAGCAGCAGCAGAGACAGCCAUCGCGACAGUCCCAACAGCAGCAGCAGCGUCACCACCGCCAGCCCAGAGAGAACUAUCAGAUGGGCCAGAUGAGACGCUAAGAGACGCCCUCCCCCCUCCCAAGCCUCUGACUACUACCACCAACCACCACCCCCCGAUGCCUUGGCUCCUCCUUGUGCCUACAGUGGGAAAAACAAAAGCAACGUCACUCCAUCCAAAGAAAAAGCCUGACACGGUUGUUGGUCAUCUUCAUAUCCUCCCAUUUACAAUAGACAAUAGACUACGCAGACAUGGCAGAAACACUGAAACUCAAUUGGUUCUUUGUGGAGUGGACCGUCAGCCAUUUGCGAUCGAAGCGUCUUUUUUUUUUUCCACCACCGUUUUGUUUGUUUUGGAAGGAGUGCCAAGGAGUUAAGGAAUCAUGUGUAGCUUUAGUACAUUCUGUGAUGUGUUAUUCAGUUUUGAUUUGGAUUUUUUUGUUUUUUUUUGUUGUUUUUUUAGUAUUGUUUUUAAUGCGAUGUCAUCUUGAAUGACUCACCCAUGGCUGCUGGUGAAUUGUCUGUGUUUUUCUGUUGGGCCAUCAUAACCAGAGACAAAGACACUUCAGCUGGGAAUAAGCGACACUUUUUUCGUCAUUUUAACCACGUUGAAAAAUGGCAAAGACACAGGCUCCGGUGUGUCUCGUGCAGACGGUUCCUCUGCAUGUGAUUGUACAUAUUUAGUGUAUUAUAAGUGAAAAAACUAUUUCUUCUACUGUAAAUGUGUAAUUCUUCACGUUUUUCUUUUUGAUUUUAUUUUCCGUUAGUGCUCUCAGGACUUACUAACACGAAGGACGGUCACGGUGAGCUCCUUGGACGCUACUUUUUGAGCAUUUGUUGCCACCGAGCUCAAAACGUCCAAUCAGGUGGAGCUUUUUCACUUUUGCUAGGUACAAUUCGAAACAAAAAGGUCACUAUAUUUCAUUCCAAGGGCCUUUUUGUUCACAAUCCCAUAUUUUUCUUUCUCGUCUUGCUAACGUCAUGUCCAGUCGAACAUGUAACAAGCUAGAGAGCAACAGUUGAGUACAAAAAGGGAAGAUUGCCUAGUUUGGUACAAUGUCUUUUUAUUAAUUUUUUUGGUUUAUUUUUAUUAUGAAGAACAAAUAACCACUAAUUGAUCAUUCUACCUGUUGAGAUAUGAAGAUGAGGGGUAACUGAAGGCUGCUGUGGCUUAGUGUAAUAGUGUAUGUUGAAAAGUUAGUUUACAUGAGUGUGAGAAUAAAUUGAAACUCCAGUGUGCUUGUGUACAAAAGAUAAACCAUACUAUUAUUCUUCAGAUAGUGAUUUUCAAUGUGGGCAUGCAGACACAUCUAUUAAUGUGACUUUAAUUGACAAAGGUCUGUACUAUUUCUAUGUCACUCUACACUUUACUUUGACAGCGGAUAUUGUUUUAGUUUUAAAAUUUAAAACGGACAGUAUUGACACAAAAACACAAUCCAGCUUGAGCACACUACAAGUUUUUCAUUUAUACAACUACAGGUUUUGCUUGACUUCGUGAACCCAUCCCCUUUAGAGCUACAUUACUGUGCAGAAUACUUAACGAUGAACUAAGAAUGGUGCAUUAAAGUGGAACUAAACACUAAACUAAAUCCACUUUUUGCACUACUAAACUGUAUUUUGGGUUUUAAUUGUAUGAUCUACUGUUCUUAGUCAUUUUUUGGCAACUAGGUGCAUUUGCUACUUUCUGGUGUGUGCUGGCUCCAGUGGCCACUCCAUUUUCAAGUAGUUGGUGACAUCACACAGGACCACCGUCAUUACAGCCAGGUGUUUGUUAAUCAGGGGUGGAGUUUGAACUAUGGAUGCCUAUUAGACCAAUCUUACUGUCCAGACAAUACCCAGUUCGGCAGCUUUAUUUGAAAUGUGGUUAUGGGCAGAGUUUAUGUGUUUAGUCUCACUUUAAUGUGCAAAAUAUAUAAAACUAGAAAAAGUAUUAUUUUAGUAUGGGUCGCUGCCAUGGUACAGUCAGGUCACAAUGAUAAAGAUGUAGCACCAAGAAAUUGCUUCAAAUACAAAAAGUAUUAUGACGGUUGAGUUUUAAAUCUACACACUGUACUAUUUAUUAAAGUUGAUUAUAAUUGGUCUACCUUUCUUAAGCGUUUUGCACAGUACUGUAACUAUGUGUGAUCUUAGUGUGCCAUAUGAAGUUCUGGUGGCAUUUUGGGUUUAUCUGGAAGGCUGUUAACACUAAAAUUGAAGGAUUCUGGUCAUGAAGAAUUUCUAUUACUACUUCUACUGUUGACAAUAAAGCAAAAAGUAUUGUUUUCAUUAUCAUGUCUUAAUGCAUGCGGAACGUAACACAUCUAGUAUAACCACACUUGCUCUGGAGGGGACUUGACAAUAUAUCUUUUUGGCUAUUUUAAAUUUCAACAAUUAUUUUCUGUGAAUUUGAUAGUCACUACUUCUUGCAUCUGUAAAACUACAACUGGAGCUCUUUUUAAAACGUCAACUUCCGGGUUGAAUCACGACUGUAAUGCCUGGGGUAAAUUUAACAUGUAAACUUGUACAGUACUUCUAAAAAUUUGCAUUUCAUUUGAAAAUGAAGAUUACAUUUUGAUACUUUUUGUUCAUUAUUUUGCAUUUCUGAUUCCAGUUAUUCAAAGAUGUUCAUAUGUGACAAACAUUUCUCCCUAUAAGUUAUUUACGUUCUUCUAUGUGCUAGUAGAACUAAAGUUUGCUUCUGAUUUCACCACCGAAAAUUCAGUUCUGUGUGAUGGUGAUGGAGUUGCAUUUUUUUAAUUUUUGUCAGUUUUUCUGUGGCAUGGUAUGGGUAGAUGAGAAGCAGAUUAAAUGCCUGUAAAAUUUAUUUUCUUUAGUUUAAUUUCAUAGUCUUGGUAAAAGUUUUUAGCUAAACGUGCACUGAAAUGUCCAAAUUGAGUUUGAAAUGUUGUAGGUUGUUGUAGGCCGAAAGAACACGAUUAAAAGUAAUACUACUGUCUGAUUUUAAUGUUCACUGUGUUUUAUACAGUAUCGGAAAUUUUUGUUCACUUUGAACAUUUUUACUAAAAAAAUCAAAUUGUAUUGUGCAAAGAGAUGUAAUUUUUGGAGUACUUGAAAUGCAUUAAUUAAAAGACGCGUUCAAAAUAAAAUAGACCCCUGUUUACUGUC